AUGGUCAACUCUGAGCUGCGCCGGCAGGUCAUCACUGUGUACAAAGGUGAGAUUGCACCAGAUUGGCAACGCCAGCGUAUUUCUGAGAGCAUACGCCAACUGAGACGCGCAGAACUUCUCUGGAUGGGACGAGAAUAUCCCCUCGGAUAUCAGUAUUUCAGAGACCGGCUCCACCGCGCAUUUGCUGGCCAGGCUCAUCUCCGCGACGAGGAGCAGAUCCGAAAAGGGAUCGCCAGGGCUGAGUUUGUGAAGAAGGAGAUCGAAGCUUUGUAA